UGAGGAGGCGGGAUCGACCCGUCCCGGCGAUCCGGAGCCGCGCGAAGUGCUGUGCUCGGGAGUGGGAGCCGGAGCCGGGCAGGGAGAGCCCCAGCGUUGCUGCCAUGUCCCACUCGGUGGUCCUGCGUGGUCCUUCGCCCUGGGGGUUCCGUCUGGUAGGCGGCAAAGACUUCAGCGCCCCGUUAACCAUCUCCAGGAUUAACCCUGGCAGUAAAGCUGCUGUGGCCAACCUGUGCCCAGGAGAUGUCAUUCUGGCAAUUAAUGGGGAACACACAGAGAACAUGACCCACCUGGAGGCACAGAACAAGAUCAGCUGCAUGGACCAGCUGCUGCUCUCUGUCAACAGAGCUGAAGGGAGGAGCUGGUCACCACCUCUCCUGGAAGAUGGGAAAGCUCAGGCGUAUCGGAUCAACGUUGAGCCAGAGCCCCAGGACAAUGGACCUGCCCAGGCCCGGAGAUCAAUGCCCCCCCUGGACAAGCAGCAGAUGCUGAGCAUGCAGCACCCUCACCCCCCCCGGCUCCACGGGACCAGCGGUUCCGAGUCGGCGCUGCCAGCCCAGCUCAGUGGGCUCCACAUUGCUCCCCCCACCAGCCUCGACCCCUUCAAGUCUCUCCCCAGGAACAGGAAUGGGAUUGAUGUGGAGUCAGAUGUCUACAAGAUGCUUCAGGAUUAUGAAAAACCCAUUUCAGAACCCAAACAGUCCGGAUCCUUCCGGUACCUGCAGGGCAUGUUGGAGGCUGGGGAGAAUGGUGAGAAACAACUGGAGAGGCUGAGCAACCCCCGGCACAUCAAAGCUGGAGGCUCCAAGUUGGGCAGUGCCAUCCCUGGGCUGCAGCUGCUCCCCGAGUGCACCCGCUGUGGGAACGGCAUCGUGGGCACCAUCGUCAAAGCCCGGGACAAACUUUACCACCCCGAGUGCUUCAUGUGCGCUGACUGCGGGCUGAACCUCAAGCAGAGGGGUUAUUUCUUCAUCGAGGAGCAGCUCUACUGCGAGACACACGCCAAGGAGAGGGUGAAACCCCCCGAGGGAUACGACGUGGUGGCUGUCUAUCCAAACGCCAAAGUGGAACUGGUUUAAAAGCUGGCGCUGGAGAAGCCCUCGGGAUCCUCCUCCUCUUCCUCCUCUUCCCAUCCCUCCUCCUCCUCCUCCAGUGCUGGGGUUGGAAUCCACUCAACCUCCUCCCCCCUUCCAAGCCCCCAAGUGAAAAUGGGUUUUUAACUAGAG